AUGCAAACAAGUGCACGUUUGAGGCUUUGUGUGGUCGUGCUGUUGAUUGUCCUCUCCACUUUGCUCUUCAUUCGAUUUUUCUUUCAAUCAUCAUGGCCGAGAAAAUUUUCAACUCACGAAACUGCCUACUUUGGACCAUCCAAGAAUCGUUUGGCCUCUCUUUGUGCACAAACACUUUUUUCCGACUCGGAGUUACAUUCCCGCGAUGUCAUGAAUACACACAAUGACCCCACAUAUUCACAACAAUCAAUUUCCAAAAAAAGAAACAAAUUUAAAUCAUGGAUUUUUCCAAACGAACCUCCUCCGAAAAAUUUUGAACAAUUACUUUCAUCAAAUCCACAACAUGAAAAAUAUUUUGCGAAUCGAAUUACCUCAUGCAGUAUUGGACCUAAUUUUGGAGUAAUUUGUGGAUUGACCAAUCAAUUAUUUGAAAUUAUGACUUGCAUGGCUAUUUCUAAAAAGUUGGGUGCUACCAAAAUGAUUCUCUCGAACGUGUGUUCUGAUGGAGCUCCUGGACUCUGUAAAUAUUGUAAUACUUUUUCACCACUUUCAGAAUUUUUCAAUAUUGAAAGAAUUCAAACACUUGCAAUGGAACGUUUUGGAUUGACCUUAAUUGAUUCUACACAAACAAAUUUGGAACAUUUGAAAAUUUCCAAGCCCCUAUUUUCAGUCUACAAUCGAACAUGGGACGAAAAGCCACUCGCUGAGGCAGCAGAUACAAUUUUCAAAAUUGCAAUCAAUGAGAAGCCAAAUUUUUUCACAGAUUUUGACAUUUUAAAUUUUGGAUUUGUUUGGGGACGAUGGCUUCCAACAAGUGACGAGGAAAUUUCACUUUAUUUGCAUCUCUUUGAUUUGUUUGAGCCUAACCAAGCUAUUCGACGAGUAAUGAAUGAUUUUAUGUGGAGAAUCAAUUAUUUUGAUUCCUUUGGAAGACCUUUGAUGGUGAUUCACAAUCAAUUUCCAAAAGAAGAAUCUGACAGCUACCCAGGAUGCCAACGCACACAACACAUUCUCACCUCCUCCCAAUCCGAUUUCUUUCAUUUCCUUAAAAAUGAUUUGAAAUUGCAUGCUGUGACAUCAAUAGCUCCUUCUUUAGAUAAUAAUGCUCUGCAUCAGAUUCAUCGAAUUCACAAAAAAGAAAAUGAUAAUCAUCUUGACAGGAAUACAUUCAAUAAUAAUGAUCAAAUUUAUGGAAUGAACGUUCUAUUAAUUGGAAGUGGACUUGAAAGCAAGAGUGUGGAAUCGCUUCGAUUAAGCGAUUUGGCGGAUGAAAAUAUUUUCACCUAUUCGCAAAGUGAUUUAAUGCCACUCACUCGCAAUCAUCAAUUUCAUAACUCAGUGAUGGCCAUGUGGAUGGCAUUUGAAGCCGAUUAUUUUGUGGCCACGACAUGUGAAAGUCAAUUCCUGUCACAUAUCAUUCACAUUCGACAAUUAUUAAAGAAACCAGUGUGCACGAUGGCAGAUAUUAGAAAAUCCAUACAUUUAAAAAGAUACAAUUUAGAGUAUUUGAGGCAUAAUGAGAAGAGUUUGUAUUAUUUUCCUCAUCAUGUCAAGGGAAGAUUGUUUUUAGUGAAUAAGUGUCAAGUACCAUUUGUGAUCGAUACUGGAUAA